AUGCCCCCCACCAUCACAACCACCGUAAACACCCUGCAAACCCCCGACGGCCUGACGCUCUACACCAAAACCUGGUCCCCCCCCACCAGCAGCAACAGCAACAGCAAAAUCAAAGCCCGCCUCGUCUUCAUCCACGGUUUCAGCGACCACUGCAAUUUCUACGACCCCCUCUUCCCCUGCCUCGCGCGCGAGGGGAUCCGCGUCUACAGUUUCGAUCAGCGGGGAUGGGGGCGGAGCGUGCAUUCCCCGGCGCAGAAGGGCUUGACGGGGCCCACGAGGCAGAUUUUGGAAGAUAUUUCGUUUUUUAUUAGGAAUUUGCCCGGUGGUGAGGAGGAAGGGGAGGAGGCGCCGUUGUUCUUGAUGGGUCAUAGUAUGGGCGGGGGACAAGUGUUGACGUACAUCUCCCUGGGACCGGAGGAUGUGAAGCGGCAGAUCAGAGGUUAUCUGUGCGAGGCGCCGUUUGUGAGUCUGCAUGAGCGUUCGCGGCCGUGGAAGGGGACGGUCGUGCUGGGGCGGUUGGUGGGCAGGCUUCUGCCGCAUCGACAGAUGGUGCAGCAGUUGGACCCGAAGAAGCUCUGUCGGGAUCCGGAUGUCUGCAAGGCUUUUGAGGAAGAUGCGUUGUGUCAUGAUACCGGUACGCUGGAAGGGCUGGCGGGCAUGUUGGAUCGCGCGAGUGAUUUGCAGGAAGGGAAAGUUGUGGUGAGGGAAGGACAAGGGGAAGGGGGGAAGACGAGGUUAUGGAUUGGGUUUGGCACGGGAGAUGAGAUUCUUAGUGAGGAUAUCUGCAGGAAGUGGUAUGAGAAGUGUCAGAUUGAGGAUAAGGAAUAUAAAAGGUACGAGGGAUGGUAUCACAAACUGCACGCAGAGGUGAGUGCUGCUUCCUUAUGCAAGAAUUCGAACUUGAGCUGAUUGCCAUGUGUAGCCGGGCGACGACAAGUUCCAAUUUGCGCGGGACGUCUCGAAAUGGAUCCUGGAUCGGAGUGGACCGCUGGAAAACAAUGACAGCACGGCAACAAAACCGAAAUUGUAG